AUGACACGAUCAGGGAGGAUGCUUUCGGAUUCGCCGCUGAUCCUGGCCGCGACGACGUUGCUGUUGCUCGUUACUAGUCUCGAUCGCGUGACAGGAUGUCAGUUUUAUCCAGUGGGGGAAUAUCUAAAGUUCGUGAGAGUACCGGAGAACUUGGCAAAGGGAACGGAAGUCCUAUCAUUGGAGGCACAUCCGAGAAAUCAUCUUUCGAUUAUGCCAGUGGAUAAGGACGAAGACGCCCGUUUCUUCGCGUACAAACAGACGAAUAGAACUCACGUUUCGCUGGUGCUGGCGCAGUCCCUGGAGGACCUGGUGGACGCCGAGUCGCCCAGAAAUCUCCUCAAGUUCCGCGUGGUCUGUGAUUACAACGAUGGCGGCGAUUCUUUGGUGACGUCGCACCUGUCAGUGACGGUCUACGUGGAGGACAUAAACGAUCAUGCUCCGCAAUUUGUCGACGCGCCUUAUCACGUAACCGUGGAUGAGCUUACGCCAGUCGGUGUGACGAUAUUCCGUGGGAUUCACGCGGUGGACGGCGACAAGCCCAACACACCGAACAGCGACGUCCACUACGCGAUAGUGAAAGGCAACGAGCAGGGCAAAUUUUCACUUGAAUCCGGCCACAGAACCGCUCUUUUACUUCGUAAACCGGUGGACUACGACAACGGCGAUCGAGAGUUCACGCUGGUCAUUGCGGCCACGGACCGUGGUGUGCCGUCGAAGACCACCAACACAACCGUGAAGAUUACGAUACUGGACAACGACGAUCUCGACCCGAAGUUCACGCGGGACGUGUACAGGGCAAAGAUUUACGAGUUCUAUCCGAUGCCGGAGUACCCGAUCUUCAUGCAGAUAAACUUUAGCACUCCGAUCCAGGCGACCGAUUGCGACCGAGACAUCAACGUGCCAGUCCGCUACGACAUAAUAUCUGGCAAUGAGCGAGGCUUCUUCCAGUUGGACCCAAAGAACGGCAGCCUGUUCCUGAAGCGUGCAAUAGACCUGGACGCAGAGAAGAACCUACCCUCGAACACCUUCACGUUGCAAAUCCACGCGUCACAGGUGGACAACCCCCUGAAGACGGCGGUCGCCAGAGUUGAGGUCGAAGUGUUGGACCUGAACGACAAUCUGCCCGAAUUCGAGGUGGAUCUCUACAACAUCAGCAUCGUGGAGAAUCUGCCAAACGGUUUCAGCGUGUUGCAGGUGGUUGGACGCGAUAGGGAUCAAGAUGAGAACGGUCAGUUCGAUUACGAGCUUCGUGACCCAUCGGGAGCUUUUUCUGUAGACCCCAAGUCAGGAUGGCUGACCGUGAAGGACCAGUCUGUCCUGGACCGCGAGAAACGGGACCAUUUACGAAUGAAGGUCCUCGCUAUAGAGAGGAAGGCUAGCGUGGUUCGACGAGACGACUCGAGAACAGUAGACGGGUCGUCCGUGGAUGUUGCAGUGACUCUGCUCGACGCCAACGACAACAAUCCCAUCUUUGUGCCAGGAAAUCUUUACGAGCUGGUCGCCAGAAGCGACUACAAGGUGGGCGCUGUGCUUGGACAGGUGCACGCGGUCGAUGACGAUCUGGGUCCCAACGGUAUGGUCAAGUACAGGCUGCAGAAGCCGGGGAACUCGACUGCUCGCACGCCACCCUUUCACGUGGACGAGAUCACCGGUAUGAUCACCGUCGCUGAGAGUCCGAUUCUCGAGGGACGACACGCCAUCUUCGUGGAGGCCGCUGAUCAACCGGCCAAUCCCAGCGAGAGGAGAUUCUCCCUAGCUGUUGUCACUGUUGAUGUCUUUAGAUCUAAUGGACCAGAGUCGUUGGAACCGGACUUUGUGGGAGCACCUUACGAGUUUUGGGUCGGUGCCAAUGUGCCAGUCGGCACUAGCGUCGGUCAAAUACGCUUAAACGACGCUGUAAAGACGAGCGAUUUGAUCUACGAUCUUCUACACGGCUACGAGGAAGGGGUUCCUUUCGCCGUGGAGGAGCGUUCGGGAACGAUUACGGUCGUCGACGAGAUCGAGAGGUUCGACCGGUCGACGUUCGACUUCGAGGCGGUCGUUACCGACGACAGGGAGUUGAUGUUGAUCACCAACGUCUCGAUCCACGUGGUCGACCCUAACGACGAGAGGGGCAUUUUCACAAAGGGAACGACCACCGCUCCUCUGGUCUUCCACGCCAAGGAAAACGUUCCUGGCACGUACAUCGGGCAAGUGCUACCGCAGAAUAGCACCGGCACCACAUCCACCGGCACCAGGUUUUUUAUCGUCAAUCAACAAGACGUUCCCGACAUCUCCAUCAGCGAGGACGGCGCCCUGUACGCGCCGGAAGGUCUCGACCGCGAGACCAGGCAGAAUUAUAGCAUCACCGUAAUUGCUGAGAGUCCCCGCGGGGUCGGAGUUUUCCAAGUGACCGUCAUUGUAAUCGAUGAAAACGAUCAUCCACCGAUGUUCUCGUUGCCCUUGUACGAGGGUCGAAUACUCGAGAACAGCCCUCCAGGCACGAAAGUGAAUUUGUCCAACCCUAUCGCGGCCACAGACAAAGACGAAGGAGUCAAUCAGAUAUUCGUGUUCAGUUUGUACGGAGCGGGCAGCGAGCUAUUCAGAAUCCAUCCAACGACGGGUUUAGUGUAUUUCGAGGGAAUCGAUGAUCGCACCCUGGAUAGGGAAGCGAAAGCAAACUAUAGCUUCAAACUUGUUGCUAAAGACAGUGGUGGUUUGACGUCGGAGUCGGAGCUGUGGAUAGCAGUGACGGACGCGAACGAUAACCCGCCCGCCUUUAUCAGAAUGAUCGUCCUGCCGGAUCAGGGGGUUCGUGUAUCGAACGAGCCAGAUAUGGAGGCGGUGUUGGAAGGGAACGAUGCCCUCGAAAUGGGAGAUUCCUUCGCCGGAAGUCAGCGUCCCAGUAGCCGUCGUUCGCCUCUUCUUCUCGUUCCAGAGAACGCGACGAUCGGCGCGCCGAUAAUACGGUUGCUCGCGGAGGACAAGGACGAGGGUGCGAACGCCGCGAUAACGUACAGCCUGGGGAACGAGACGACAUCCGGCGACGAUAUCGGUUCGCGACGAUUCGACACCACCAACCGUAGAUAUUUCCAUCUCGAUCCAAGGUCAGCGGAGAUAUCGGUGGCCAGAGGGCUGCUGGCGGAAAGAAAUAUUCGUUUGUUCGUGGUGGCCAGGGAUUCGGGCGGCUUGGCCGACAACAUCACCAUCAGAAUCCACGUGGUGGACGUGAACGACCAUCCACCGAUCUUCGACAAGUCUUGGUACACCUUCGAUGUCCCCGAAGGCACCUACGCUGGCUACGCCGUUGGUACCGUUAGGGCUUUUGACUCCGACUUCGGCUCGAACGCGAACGUCAGCUACGAGCUGACGUCUGGCAACGAGAACUUGGAGAAUCCCGAGAACGUUACGAGGACGUUCGACGUGGCCCCUUACGAGGGUAUAAUCAGAGUCAGUGGGAUCCUCGACAGGGAGACAGUGAGCGCCCAUCGCCUCUUCGUGACGGCUCGCGACAACGGUUCGCCGCGACUCAGCUCCACCGUGGAGAUCGAGGUGAACGUGUUGGACGUCAACGACAAUCCGCCCACGUUCUACGGCUACGACGAGACCGAGACGAACGACCACGGAGACGUUCUGCCCGUGUACCUCGCGUCGGUCUUCGAGAACAGCUCGAUGGGCAGCCACGUGAUUAAAGUGUACGCCAACGACACGGACUUCACCGGGAAUGGGAACGGUUUGAUCCUCUUCGACCUGAUCCACCAGGAAGAUCCCGACAAGCAGUAUUUCGCCAUAGACAGCAAGGAGGGUCUCGUCACGACGAUCGGUAUUCUGAACUACGAGACCCGGAAGAGUCAUCGUCUGCUGGUCACCGCCAGCGAUCUAGGGUCACCGGUAAGUCUGACAUCCACCGCUGUCGUCGUGGUCUCGGUGUUAAACGUGGACGAGGAUCGAGAUGAGGCCGAGAACGAGGUGCACAGGACACCGUCGUUUCGACACCGAUACUACGAGCUGGAAGUCGAGGAGAACGUCCCCGUGCCCAUGGAGAUCGCUCAGUUGGACCUGGUGGACGGUCAUCGGAGCGAGUACAUCAGGUACAGCGUGGUGGCUGAUGACACCGACGCCAGGGAACGGUUCUCGAUCGACCCGAGGAACGGUUCGCUGUAUCUGAUGAUGGACGUGGACAGAGAGGUAAACGAUCGAUACGAGGCCAAGGUCAGAGUCGACAGGGUGAAGAUUGGUCGCGGGAUGCCCGUGAUGAUUUACCCGGUUGUCGGUGAAAGGCUGAAUGGUCUAGCCCCCAACGAGGCCAGGGUCGUCGUCAGGGUGAAGGAUGUUAACGACAAUGCGCCCAGAUUCAAGUCAAAGGGCCGACCCAUCCUCGCCGCUGUACCCACCACUGCCCAUUAUGGGUAUGAGGUCGUUAAAGUGGAGGCGGAAGAUCCAGACGAGGGUGCAAACGCCGAGAUCCGGUACCAAAUUCUUGGCCGGGAGGACGCUCCACGAUUCGCCAUUGACCCACUGAGCGGUCAAGUACGAUCCGUGGCGAGUUUUGGCCGUGACGCUGGACGCGUUUUCGGCUUCGACGUCAAGGCCACCGACAGACGGGGCGCCGAAAAUGGACGUAGCAGCAUCGCCAAUGUCUUCGUGUACGUACUGGAUGAUCAAAAACAGGUUGUGAUGGUCGUAGGCCGAAGACCUAUGGACAUAGAGCCUCAACUCGAGAACAUCACUGCAGUACUGCACAAUGUAACUGGGCUGGACGUUCGAGUGAGAAAGUUGGAGCCACAUAUCGAAAAGAACUUGAUCGAUACCAUGUCUACCGACGUUUAUCUUUACGCCAUCGAUCCCCAUUUAAAUGUCAUGAUAGACAUGGACACCUUACACAACGUGUUUCACACAAAAAAGAUGGAGAUAAAGCGCGAAUUGGACGAGUACGAUGUCCUAGACAUCGCCGGAAGCGCUCCGCGUCGAGGUAAUCAACGUUACCUGUUAUCCACCCUCGAAGUGGGUGUUGUGGUUCUCGGAUGUGUCGUCUUUGUGGGCGCCUUCGUCACAGCCCUCUGCGUCACUUGUGUUCGCCGGAAUAAACGUCGCAAACGUCGGCAGAAAGCAAUGUUCUCGACGACCAGCCCGAUUGGAUUCGCAUUGGCAGAUCCAGCCGCGACGCUGCAGAAGCCGUCGCUUUUCCCGACCUUCGUCGACGGCCUUCACUACGACCCUGAGCCAUUCUGCACCGACAUGACGAGGCGACAGAGUAUCUGCGAACACGGAGCCAACUGUGGUCGCUUUCACGCGACGGGCGGUAGUAGUAAGCACGCCGGGAGGACGACAGGGACCCCGAAAGGCCUCGAGGCAUCCGCGACGUCCUUGCAUUCCAGCGGUCAGGAUUCUGGGAUCGUGGCGCGCGCCUCCUGCCACUGCAGUCACUCGUCGAGCCCCUCCAGCGGCGAGAGCAGCAACGGUUACGAGGACUCUUUGAAAUCCUUGCAACGUCGCGAACGGGGAAACGAAGUCUCUCGCGGUGGCCACGACACUUCGAGCAUCGUCGGUAGACGUGCGCAUCAGGCUACCUCCAGGAGGCGACAGCGUUUCAACUCCUUCUCGAACGGUGAAUUCGUUUACGCCCACGAAAUGACGUUGCAGAGGGAACAACGUUGUUGCGCUGGGACCGAGAAGAGACGAAAAAACGAGGGGACCGCGCGCGAGCAUCGUCGCGCCCAUUCCGAGGCGGAAAACAACAUCACCGAGACGGUGAUACAUGAACAUCCUGGAACUGAGAUCUUACUGUCGAGUUCAUUGCAAAAUACGUCGAGCCUUCAUGGUGCAACAAGAAGCAGCCACAUGCUGUAUUAA